AUGCAGUUAGACGGCUCCCGCACCCAGGCGACGGCUCUGUCAAGCACUGGCAACUCGGAUCGCGCAAAUAAAUUGUGUUCUGAUCGUGAGCCACCCUCGAAAGAAAGCCUUGGUCGUCUUCUCGUUUGGCUGCCCUACAGGCAUCAAGGGGGCGCGCUCAAUCAAGACGACGAGGACGACACCCAGACCCCAACGCUGGAUUGGGCGGAGGAGAGCACAUUCUGCAAGAUCCAACGGGUCGCCUUCCUCAACCCGACCGACGUCUCCCACAACGCGGUGACCCAAGAUCACAGCAUCAUCCUCACUUACACCCUGUGGCGGACCUCAUACGGCAUAGGCGAGACACCUAUGCCUCUGCCCAUCCUGGACAUCACGACACAGUCGUGGUAUGGGGCACUGGAAAAUCCUUUUCCAAAAGCGCAGAGCGAAAUCGAGAUGGAUUUACCGUUGUCGCCCUCGGCUGGCGAAGGUCUGCAUGGCUUCCAUACGGGCAACGACAUGCUCGCCUACCACAUGUUGGCGCGGCUCGCCCGUAACGUGCGUACGCGAAUCGGCCCCUACGAAGAAUACGCCAAUGACGAGGAAGAGACACAGGACGCGGCCGACUUGGGCCCUCCGCCGCUCCCGGCGCCGGAUCGUCCUGAGAAGGUCUAG